AUGUACAGCAUUCAAUACGCUGGAAAACUCAUACCAACACACAUACAAUACACACACAACUGGGAUAGCAAAAAUGGAGAGAAGAUCGAGAGUGUGAGAUAGGAAACCAGUGAGAGAGGGAGUAGAUAGGGAACACCCAAACAGUAAAAACCGGCGAUUUGGAGGAUUAAAAACAGAGAGAAAUUGAGGGAGAAGGGGAGAAAAUAGUGAACCGAGAGAGAGGAGAGAAGACGCGGGAGAGGAGAGAAGAGCCGGUGAAUCAGAUUUUCCGGCGAGUUUUUCACCGGAAAACUCCGCCAAACCCGCGGGAGAACGCCACCAGUUUCACCCCCUCUGCUGGCGAGACCGCCCGAUCGAAAUCACCCGCGAAACCCCAUCACCGACGAGCUACCGAUGAACCACCACCGCAAUCCGUUCCAAUUUAGCUUUCCGGUUGAUUGAAGAAUCAGUCCCAAUUCCCUUUUUGUUAUCAAAUUGACUGUUCGACACUUGGGUAUCGAGUUUGGCGAAACAGAGUUUGAGGUCGAAGUUUUACUCGGAUUUAAUCUUGAUUCGAGGUAUUACGGCACCGCUUCGUCGAAAAAUUCGGGAUUGAAAUUAAAAUUGAGAAUGGAAAGACGACAUCACGUUUUCUCUGUAGAUCUUCUUGAAAGAUAUGCCACAAAAGGCUGUGGAGCCAUUACAUGCAUGGCGACUGGCAAUGAUGUCAUCGUUCUUGGAACCAGCAAAGGCUGGGUGAUCAGACAUGACUAUGGAGUGGGUGAUUCUUAUGAUAUAGAUCUUUCUGUUGGCAGGCCUGGGGAACAAUCAAUUCAUAAGGUUUUUGUUGACCCUGGAGGGAGCCACUGUAUUGCCACUAUUAUUGGCAGUAGUGGUGCCGAUACAUAUUAUACUCAUGCUAAAUGGACAAAGCCUCGUAUAUUGGGCAAACUAAAAGGUCUUGUUGUCAAUGCUGUCGCCUGGAACAGGCAACAUAUAAUAGAAGCUUCUACUAGAGAAAUCAUUUUGGGCACAGACAAUGGUCAACUUUACGAGAUGGCUGUAGAUGUAAAAGAUAAAAUGGAGAAGUACAUAAAGUUGCUAUUUGAACUUAAAGAACUGCCUGAGGCAUUCACGGGUUUGCAGAUGGAAACAACAAGUGUGCACAAUGGUAUCAGAUUUUAUGUGAUGGCUGUUACACCUACUCGACUUUAUUCUUUCACAGGGAUUGGAUUGCUUGAAUGAACUGCACUUCUUUAUCCAGCAAAGGAGGGCUGUACACUUUGCAUGGCUUUCUGGAGCAGGUAUCUACCAUGGUGACCUAAAAUUCGGAGCACAACAUAGUUCGCCAAACGGGGAUGAAAACUUUGUGGAAAACAAAGCUCUUCUGGAUUACUCUAAAUUCUCUGAAGGAGGUGAAGGUGUUAAACCUAGCUCUCUGGCUAUAUCCGAGUUUCAUUUCCUACUUCUCAUUGGUAACAAGGUUAAGGUGGUGAACAGGAUAAGUGAACAAAUAGUAGGAGAACUUUAUUUUGAUCAGACACCUGAUGCAGUUUCAAGAGGUAUUAUUGGCUUAUGUAGUGAUGCCUCAGCUGGGUUGUUUUAUGCAUAUGACCAAAAUUCUAUCUUCCAGGUAUCCGUAAAUGAUGAAGGCCGCGAUAUGUGGAAAGUGUACUUGAACUUGAAAGAAUAUGCUGCAGCUUUGGCUAGUUGUCGUGAUGCCAUGCAGAGAGACCAAGUUUAUCUGGUUCAGGCUGAAGCUGCUUUUGUUGCCAAGGAGUUCCUCAGAGCUGCAUCAUUCUAUGCAAAAAUUAACUAUGUGUUAUCUUUUGAAGAGAUCUCGUUGAAGUUCAUUAGCAUAGGGGAACAGGAUGCAUUGAGAACAUUUCUCCUGCGGAAGCUUGAUAGUCUUUCAAAGGAUGAAAAGUGUCAAAUAACUAUGAUUUCAACAUGGGCAACUGAAUUAUAUCUUGAUAAGGUUUGGUUGCGUGCCUUCAAGAGGUGCCUAAAGAGCUCGUCAAAUGAAGCAGUGCGACAACUAAGGGGUGGAUUCUCCACUAAAAGGAUCAAUCGGCUGCUUCUGGAAGAUGAUGGUGCAUUGGACAGUAAUAAUACCGAGUACCAAUCACUCAUUAAGGAGUUUCGUGCUUUCCUAAGUGACUGCAAGGAUGUAUUGGAUGAGGCAACCACCAUGAAACUACUUGAAAGCUACGGUAGAGUUGAUGAGUUGGUGUUCUUUGCUAGUCUAAAGGAGCAAUAUGAAAUUGUGCUUCACCACUACAUUCAGCAAGGAGAAGCAAAGAAGGCGUUACAAGUUCUUCAGAAGCCUAAUGUUCCUACAGAACUUCAGUACAAGUUUGCGCCAGAUCUCAUCAUGCUUGAUGCAUAUGAAACUGUUGAGUCAUGGAUGACCCCCAAGAGUUUGAACCCGAGAAAGCUCAUUCCUGCAAUGAUGCGUUAUUCAAGUGAACCACAUGCAAAGAAUGAAACUCAUGAAGUAAUCAAGUACCUGGAAUAUUGUGUUCAUCGUUUACAGAAUGAGGAUCCUGGCAUUCACAAUCUGUUACUUUCCUUAUAUACCAAAAAGGAAGAUGAGAGUGCUCUUCUGCGUUUCCUAGAAUGCAAGUUUGGUAAAGGGCAACCAGGUGGCCCGGAAUUCUUUUAUGAUCCCAAAUAUGCGCUACGCCUUUGCCUCAAGGAAAAGAGAAUGCGAGCUUGUGUUCAUAUAUACAGCAUGAUGUCUAUGCACGAAGAAGCAGUUGCCCUUGCACUACAGGUUGAUCCAGAGCUUGCGAUGGCUGAAGCAGACAAGGUAGAAGAUGAUGAGGACUUGAGGAAGAAGCUUUGGCUUAUGAUUGCUAAGCAUGUCAUUGAGCAGGAAAAAGGAACCAAAAGGGAAAAUAUACGGAAGGCAAUUGCUUUUCUCAAGGAAACUGAUGGUCUUUUAAAGAUUGAGGACAUCUUACCUUUCUUCCCAGACUUUGCUUUAAUUGAUGACUUCAAGGAAGCAAUUUGCUCAUCCUUAGAGGAUUACAACGAGCAAAUUGAAAAACUAAAGCAGGAGAUGAAUGAUGCAACCCGUGGUGCCGAUAACAUUAGAAAUGACAUCAGCACUCUUGCUCAGCGAUAUACUGUCAUUGAUCGGGAUGAGGAAUGUGGGGUUUGUAGGCGGAAAAUAUUAAAUGUGGGUGGUGACUAUCGAAUGACUACAGGUUAUAUGGCUUUUGGACCAAUGGCUCCUUUCUAUGUCUUCCCAUGUGGACAUGCGUUUCAUGCACAAUGCCUGAUUGCUCAUGUGACAAGGUGCACUAAUCAAGCUCAAGCCGAAUAUAUUCUGGAUCUGCAGAAGCAACUUACUUUACUUGGUGCUGAACCUAAGAAUGUGUCAAAUGGUGGCUUGUCUGAAGAACCACUAGCUAGCGUGACACCCAUGCAUAAGAUCCGUUCACAGCUGGAUGAUGCUGUAGCAAGUGAUUGCCCGUUUUGUGGUGAACUUAUGAUCCGAGAGAUUUCCUUGCCUUUCAUCCUUCCAGAAGAAUCAGAAGAAUCUGAAUCGUGGGAGAUAAAGCCACAUAAUCAUCCUAGUCAGAGGAGCCUUUCCCUGUCUCUCUGAUUUUAUCAUCUGUUCGUGAACUUAUGAUCUGAGAGGUUUCUCCCUGCAAUUGCUUGUUUGAGUUUUUCCCUUGAAAAUGAAAAAUUGCACGUUUGAGAUAGUGCUAAUUUAUCUGGUUUGAUAGUAAACAUGUAGCUAAUGCAAGCAACAGGGGCAUGUUGAUUAUAGGGGCAAGAAAUUGCCCAAGAAUAUUUCACGAAUCAUUGUGUAUACCCAGCAUAAUCCUGGAAAAACUUUUUUUUUUUCUUUUUCA